GCUUUUCCCACAUUGAAUCCAGUAUUCUGCAGACGUCCUUUCCUAUUUUCUGGCGCGUUGAUACAUUCUGAACAAGUGUAAUAUUUGCUGUUGUUAAUUGUGGUAGUGGUCUAACCUAGGCUGUUAAUUCGUGGACACUGCUUCUAACUUAUAAUCAAAUUAAAACUUUUUUUUUCAAAAUGCACUUGAAAGUGUUAUUGUUAUUUAUUUGCCUUGGACUGGGAACCGUUUUAGCAGGACGAGAUUUUUAUAAAAUCUUGGGAAUACAAAAAUCAGCAAACACUAACCAAAUCAAGAAAGCAUACAGGAAAUUAGCAAAAGAACUUCAUCCUGACAGAAACAAAGAAGACCCUGAAAAAGCCAGUGCCCAGUUUCAAGACCUUGGAGCAGCCUAUGAGACUCUUUCCGAUCCAGAGAAGAGAGAACUUUAUGAUCGCUGUGGUGAAGAGUGUGUUUCAAAGGAAGGUGCAGGUGGGGGUGGAAUGGAUCCGUUCGCCAGUUUUUUUGGUGAUUUUGGGUUUGGAUUUGGGGGUAAUGGUAACCAGGGUCAAAGGGAGGUUGCAAAAGGAGCAGAUAUUGUGAUGGAUCUUUUUGUUUCUCUCGAAGAACUUUACUCUGGAAACUUUGUUGAGAUAACACACAACAAACCUGUUCUAAAACCUGCAAAAGGUACUAGAAAGUGCAACUGCAGGCAAGAAAUGGUAACCCGACAAUUAGGUCCAGGAAGGUUCCAAAUGAUGCAGCAAGCUGUCUGUGAUGAGUGCCCCAAUGUCAAGCUUGUCAAUGAAGAACGAGUUCUCGAAGUCGAAAUCGAGCAAGGAAUGACGGACGGUUUGGAGCAGAGAUUUACUGCCGAAGGUGAACCACACACUGAUGGAGAGCCAGGUGACCUCCGUCUACGAAUUCAAACAGCUCCACAUUCCACUUUUGAACGCCGAGGAGAUGAUUUGUAUACCAAUGUUACCAUCUCUUUAGCGGAUGCCUUGGCCGGUUUUGAAUUAGAUAUUGAACACUUGGAUGGACAUAAAGUACAUAUCGUCCGUGACAAAGUGACUUGGCCAGGUGCUCGCAUUCGUAAGAAGGGUGAAGGAAUGCCAAAUUACGAGAACAACAAUCUUUUCGGCAUGCUCUACGUAACAUUUGACGUGCAGUUCCCGAAAGACGAACUCUCAACUGAGGUCAAGGAAAAGCUCAGGCAAUUGCUGUCGCAAGAUUCAAUCAACAAAGUGUACAAUGGCCUCAGAGGGUUUUAAAGUUCUUCGAUGCAUUUCGUGCAUGUAAAUUUUUACAAUUUUUUUUUUUUUAUUGAAAAAAAAAAUCGCUGUGUCACUACGA